CUCCGAGCGAGGAAACUUCCACACGAAGCCAUGGCGGCCGCCGUGUCCGUUAGCAGAGCUGCCAGAGACGAAAAGAACUAUGCUGGUGCCAGUUUCACUACCCGUCCAUUCUACGAGCAUUAUGAUCAAGCCAAACCGGAGAACUGGGCUGCUGAGGAAAGCAGAGAUACCGAAGCAGAUCGCCACGAUGAAGACUCGUCCGCGGGCAACGAAUGUCCUCGGAGGGUCGACGAUGAACUGACAACUCUCAGCCCCGAAGAAAUUGCUAAUCGUUUGGAAAGGACUCGAAGAGAGUUUUACAAUCGCCGCAAAAUCAUUAUUAAGAACCUCCCCGCCGAUGUGAGCAAUCAGGAAGUGCAUGAGCUGUUAAGCAACUAUGAUCUGAAGUACUGCUUUGUUGACAAAUACAAAGGAACAGCCUUUGUCACACUGCUAAAUGGCGAGCAGGCCCAGUGUGCGAUCAAAGAGUUCCACCAGUAUGUUCUGCGUGAUCGGGAGAUCUCUGUGCAGCUGCAGCCCACAGAUGCUUUGCUCUGCAUUGCCAACCUACCCAGGGCCUUUACACAGCAGCAGUUUGAGGAGCUGGUCCGGCCCUUUGGAAACCUUGAGCGCUGUUUCUUGGUGCACAGCGCCACUACGGGCCACUCCAAGGGCUAUGGCUUUGUGGAGUACAUGAAGAAGGACUCGGCGGCCCGAGCCAAAUCGGAACUGCUGGGGAAGCAGCUUGGCUCGCGCAUGCUGUACGUGCAUUGGACGGAAGUUGGCUCGCUCACCUACCCCAUGCUGCACUCACGUUGCCUCUGUGUGGACCGCCUACCUCAAAGCCUCCUCACUGCUCAGGACCUUCGCAACGCCCUGGCCGACACGCCUGCUCCAAUCUUCUGUCAGCUUGCUCAGGGCCAAGAUGGCAGUUUCCGGCGGUUUGCUGUUUUGGAGUACUCAACCCCAGAGAUGGCUGAAGAGGUCCAACGAUUAACAGAUGGAAAGCUUCUAGGGGGAACCCACAUUCGUGUCUCCUUCUGUGCCCCAGGGCCACCAGGCAGGAGUAUGCUGGCAGCUCUUAUUGCUGCCCAGACUAUGGCUUUAAACAGGGGAAAGGGUCUCCUCCCUGAGCCCAAUGCCAUGCAGAUCCUUUCUGGCUUGAGCAAUCCUGCCACCCUGAAGAUGCUGCUGAACCCUCUCAACCAGGGGCAGAAACAAGGUCUGCUUGGUGCAGCCCCAGCAAUGCCGUUCUUAGCUAAUCCAGCUCUCUCUGCAGCUCUGGUGCAACUGCUGCUUCAGAACCAAGUCCAGCAGCAAGCCCUUCUAGGAAACCCUCUUCUUUGGGCACACAUUCUGCACAGUAAAGAAAACCGUCUACCACUUUGUGCUGGACUGUUGGGUGAAAAUCCUCUCGCUCCUCUCCCUCUACAUCAAGGUAUUAACAUGCUGGGAGAUCUACCUCACAGUGUGACUAAUCUACUACCCCAAGGUGCCAUGGGUCCUGGCCUGAGCCUGCAAACAGAGCCCCUAGGUCCCAUAAAGCCCCCGUCUGUGGGCCGGACACUAGGGAGGGAGCCAGAGUCUCCAAACACACCAGUUAGCUUCCCCCCAAACCCCUCUCCUGCACUACAGGGUUUGAGCAUGCCACUUCUGGGGAGUGUGCUAGGGGGAGAUGGGUCCUCUCUUUCAGCGGCAUCCAUAUUAGGAGAUCCACCUAAAGAGAUUGGAGUGUCCUCAAACCCUUUUCUGAAUGCACCUAGCAUAUUCCCAUCCUCAGCUGCCAGCUCCAGGCCCCACCCGUAUAGGAAGAGGGCAACGUUAAGUGGCACAUCUACGCAGCGGCCUCUUCAGAGUAUUCACUCCAAUUACAGCUUGCGCUGCCAGGAUUCUUACGCACGCGAGUUCCCAUCGCUACACCAGGACUCCCUUGGUCACCUUUUUGAGCAACAGGAGGCUCUAGACAGCAUGGGGCUCUUGGCCUAUGGGGCACAGCACUCAAGCUUCAGUGAGAGAGCAUCUCCAUUCAGCUAUCCCCCCAGCCCUCCUGGCUCCUCCUACUUCAGCUUCGGAGCCCCUAGCAGCCUACAGUCAACCCAGCUCAAUAAGGCUGUGGGAAUGCCUCCUGUGUCUCACUCCAGUCUAUUCUCCGCUGCAGCUGGGACUGGAGUAAAGACUCCUGUUGGAGGGCAGAAGCGUCUGUUCUCACGGCUGAUCCCAUCUCCAGAGCCUAGUCCAGAGGGCGGUUAUGUGGGUCAGCAUUCUCAAGGGCUGGGGGGACACUAUGCUGACUCCUACCUGAAACGCAAGCGCAUCUUUUAACCACCGCUCAUCGGCUCUCUUGGGAACCCCUGCGGGCUGUCAGUCAGGAAGAGGACAGAGUUCAGCAAAGAAAGGCCAGCAUCUUGUUGGUCUGGGUGAAAGCCCAGCAGGGACCCCUGGAGGGCCCUGUGUUGGGAGCAGCCCUAGAGCUCAGCCAGCCUUUUGUGUGCCAGUCAAUGGGAGUUUUUUGUUUGUGAAUGAUUUCAGUGUGUAUGUAAAUUAUUUUUUUAUUUCCCUUUUUUUAAAUUUGCCUUUUCUUUUUAA